AUGCCUCUAGUACUUGCUUCCAGCAUCGUAGCAGCUAUCGGUGUGGCUCUUUUAUUUUCCCAUGUCUACUGGACGUUGAUCGCAAGUCCUCUAGCAAAAAUUCCAGGCCCAAAUUGGUUCUUCCUAACCAGCCUAAGACUCAGUUGGGAGGAAUUCCAAGGUACACGCACGCGGACAAUCCAUCGUCUUCAUCAACAAUACGGCCCAGCUGUGCGCAUCGGCCCCAAUGAAGUCUCAUUCAAUAGCCUCUCGGCCUUGCGCCAGAUCUAUGGGGCCGGCAGUCCUUUUGGACGGCCAUCAGCUUUUUACCGCAUAUUCAGUAUGUUCGGGCAGACAAGCUUGUUUACGUUUUACUCUUCGUCCGACCAUGCGGCUCGAAAGAAGAUCAUGAGCCAGGUGUAUUCCAAAUCGGCUGUCCUGAAAAGUCCGGUAGCCGACUCAAUACAGUCAAAGACCAAGCAGUUUAUAGAUCUAAUUGAAUCGGAUCCGCGAACGGCGUCAGACUUGGUCAGGAGCUUGCAUUUCUUUUCUCUUGACAACAUGACUUGGAUGGUUUUCGGGGCUCGCGGAGCCACGAAGGCUUUAAUGGGGGAAUUGUCGGACAGACAGAUCCUAAGUGACAUUGAGGAGCCCACCGCACGCCGGUAUUCAUGGUUCCAAUUGCAUCUACCACGAUAUACUCGCUUGGCCAUGUCCUGCAGCUUCUCACAUCUGAGAUCAAUCAUCGAUGCGUUUGGCCUUCUCCCAGGGAAAUUACCGUCAGCGUAUAGUGGCCUCCAAGGUUUUGCCUUGGCGACUUUUAACACUCAUCGUUCGUACAAAACCUCAGCAUCACCGCCAGCAAGCGAAAGCGGUCUCAUGAUGAGAUUGCUGCAUGCCAGAACCGGCAAUUCUGGGGGGAAACCUCUCUCCAACAUGGAAAUUGCCGCAGAGUGCGCUGACAAUCUUGAUGCCGGGCUCAAGACAACAAGCGAUACAUUGAUGUUUGCUCUCUGGGUGCUAUCUCUCCCCCAACACCGAAGAUAUCAAGAACGCCUUAUAAUGGAAGUGAAGGACGCCAAAUCUGUUCGGGCAAGCGAUAUGUCGAUUUUGCCAGUGGAUGUAUGCGAUCGACUGCCCUUCCUUGACGCUAUAAUCAAAGAAACAUUACGUUUAUAUGCUCCUAUUGCGGCAUCCCAGCCACGGACCAGCACUCAAGAUACUACUAUUGACAGUUACCACAUACCUGCCGGCACAGUUGUCAGCUGCCAGGCAUUUUCUAUGCAUCGGAAUCCAGCUGUCUACCCACGUCCCAACACCUUCGACCCCGAUCGAUGGCUGGCAAGCGACGCAGAGACAGCUGAAAUAAAACGCUGGUGGUGGCCAUUUUCUAGCGGAGCAAGAAUGUGUCUUGGAAUGCAUUUUGCGCUUGCAGAAAUGAAGACACUGCUAGCAGCUAUCUAUCAGACAUACUCGACCAACUUGAGGCCGGAUUUUGAGAACUUAUCCCCGACUGCAACUAGCCGGUUUGAACUGGUAUAUGAUGACUCGUUUCCCAUUGCCGAAGUUCGUUUUAUCUCACCUUAG